UUCGCGACAACUCGGCUGUUUUCGGAAAGUGGUACCGCUGUGUCUGUCUUUUGUAAUCUGGUUAAACUAAAGUCUCUGGAGAUAUGAACGAUGCCUUACUACUCUAUAGGUAAUCAAAACUAACACGAGAUUGACACAAACCGUUUGUUUACAUGAGACCGGAAGUUAGUCCGUAAAGCGUCGCGAGUCGUAUGUGGAUACGUCAUCUGUGGGGUAUUUUGGACUAAAACAUCACAUUGUCCGUUACUGAAUGCACACCAGAGGAGUUAUACCGAGAAAAAUGUCUCGAAGGUGUUCUGUAGUUGGAUGUAAGAAUGAACAUAAGAGUAUCUCCCGACAUCUGAGCCUCUGAAGACGCAGUGGAUUCAUUUCAUGUUUAAAGGAAGCGCGGCCCUGGAUUUACCUAAAUAUGUUUAUGCUUGCGCAAAUCAUUUUACAUCAAACUGUUUUAUCAACGAGGGUCAAUACAAAGCAGGUUUUGCUAAAAAGUUGAUUCUUAAGGAUGGAUCAGUACCAACCAUCCGUCAUCCAGAUUUAAAUCCAAUCAACGAUCAUUCAUUUUUGGUGAUCUCUGGUCAGUUAUCUGGUAUCAAGUCAAAGACACUUCAAAUCCCAGAAGGGAUGCAAGAGAAAGGUGAAAGUGAAAGUGAGAGACGGCACGCUAAAACGACAAUCAACAUCGGCGACGCUUUUUCGCUGUGGCGAACCUUCAGAGAUGAAAAUGGAUUUACGACCGACACGGAGCUGGCUUUUUACCUACUGAAGAGGGUGUGUGGUGAAGAUCUUUUACCUCGAAGUAAAAAACGAAAAUUGGAGCCGUUAACUGAUGUGCCUGCACUAAAAACAGAGUCCACAGAUAAAGAUGAAGACAUGGAGGUGGCAGAGAUCUGCUAUGAAGUUCCUUUUCCAUGUCAAACAGAUGAAUCGCCACAGACUGAAUUAAAGUCAGAAGACCAGAUAAAAUUGGAGGACCGGCUAAGAUAUGAAGACCAGAUAAUAUCAGAUGUCCAGAUAAAGUCUGAAGACCAACUUGACCAAGAUGUCUGCAAUGGUUUUGUUGCUCCAGCAGUGGGCAAUGAAGAUAUUGAUCCAUGGAUUUCAACUGUUAAAAAAGAAAUAAAAUAUCGCAUUUGUGUAUUCUGUGAUGGACAGACAUCUGUUGUACCAAUCAGUUGGAUUUUUGAAGACAAGGGAACAUUAAAAUGUCGAUGGACAUCAUCACUUUCAAAAAUUAAAAACAAUUCUCCACCAAAGCCCAACUGGAAGGUUUAUGAUAUUGUGAAGAUCAUUGGACCACCUUUUGGAGACUAUGAUCAAGCAAAUCAGUAUAUCUCAGAUUCCACAACUGGGGUCGAAGCGGCAGAGGAUUCACUUUCUUAUUUAAAGAGAGACCCUGCAGUUGAGAAACUAAAUGAGGAGAGAAAAAGGCAAAAGAAGCCCUGUGAUGAAAGUGACCUUAAUUUAGAAACAUCUUCCUGUAAAGAUUCUCUUCAGAGAAGUGUAGCACAAGAUAUGGAUGAUCAUCCCAAAAGCUCUGCCACUUCAGUAACAGAAAAGGAACCACAAUCCAAAGUCACCUUGGAACAAAUGUUUGAUCUGAAUACGAAGAUGCUCCAACAUAUCCAAAUGUUGGAAGAGAGACAAACUUUCAUCAUAAACGACUUUGCAAAAAUGAAAGCUGUUUUCCUAAAGCGAGCAGAUGAAGACGUCCUCGAGGAACUUUUUGAACAACAACAGUGCUCCAGUUUUGAAACAUUUGAAGCCUUUUGUCAGAGGCUAGAAGAGGACAGAUCUUAUCGCGAGCUUUAUAUAAACUAUCUCAUCCAAACCCACGGCAGCUUCAAUAUAGGUGAGAUAGUGAGACAGAGUCUAAAAAGCAUUGUGACAGACAGCGUCCUCUGUCUGUACAACCGGACGGGAAAAGAUGGGAAGAAGGUGUUGCCGCCUGUGCUCCUGAAAUGUUUGACGAGAUGUGUCAAGUCUUUUCAAAAGCAGAAUGAAAUCGAAGUGAAGAAGCAAAAAGUAGUCACGAGAACUACACCUGAAGCUGAAUGUUUACGCCAAGUAGAAAUUUUUGUGUCAAAUGCCAACACCAGGCUGAAAAGACAACAAAAUAAACAAGAAAACUGAUAAAAAAACAGAUUUGUUUGAUUUUCUCCAAUUGUUUGAGAUAUGACUGAUCAGCUAUACAGAAAUUUUAGAUAAUGGUGAACUUGCAACACAAUGUGCUAUGAGUCCUAUGACCUCACAAUGUGACCUUAGUAUGAGUGUGCAGUGACCUCACGAUGGGACCUUAGUAUGAGCGCACAGUGAGUGUGCAGUGACCUCACGAUGGGACUUUAGUAUGAGCGCACAGUGACCUCACGAUGGGACUUUAGUAUGAGCGCACAGUGACCUCACGAUGGGAUUUUAGUAUGAGCGCACAGUGACCUCACGAUGGGAUUUUA